AUGCAGCUCAAGUCUCUGCUCGCUCUCUCCGCCCUCGCGGCACCCAUCUUCGGCUCGCCUUUGUCCCUCACCAAAAGAGAUAGCUGGACCAUAGCCUCUUUCACGCGCACCUGUGACUCCGCAGACACCACAUGCGCAUUCUCAUUCAGCAUCAACAAGAACGACGGCUCCGCUCCCACUACCUGCCAGUACAGCGCCUCCGGCGCACCAGCCUCGCAUGCUACCUACAGCAACGUAGCAUGCGGCUCCUUCGUCAUCGGAUCGUCGUGGAGUAAUCAGUUCGGAUUUGGCUUCUCGACCUUGAGUGUGGUGGAAAAUGGAUUGAUUUUGAUCAAUGGAGUGGCGGUGCAACCUGAUAUGAAUUAUACGCCUGGGCCGGUGCCGUGA